UGCAACAGCAAACUUCUCCUCAUUUCUCGAUCCGUACGAGGCAAUUCAAGUUACCAUUGCCAUGAAACCAAAUUCGCUACGGCGUUACAGUUUGGAAUCGAGAAUAACUCCCGGAAUUGCGGCGUAUCUCAGAAAUGCACCCGAGCAAGUCAAUCAAAGUGAAGGCGAUCUUUCCGCAGCUGCUGCGAUUCCAAGCUCGGACGCUUUAAUAAAAUUCAAAGACGACAUGGAAAAAUUAAUACCUCACUCAUACAAUCGCCUUGCAUCUUUGAAGCACGAUCUGAUACAGAUAGAACGUCUUGCCGAUCCGUCGAGAAAAGUUUUCUCGGAUGAGCCUAUCAAUGGCGCAGUAGUGAAAGAGGAAGACUCGGGCAAGGAUAUCGCGGCAGUUACACAAGAUAAAACAAGGAGCCAAUCGACUGGGAUCGAAAGCAAGGCAGAACGCGAUAAAAUGGAACCACUAUCUACUAGGCAGGUAAAUAUCUCAUCAUCUUUUCCAAAUACCGCAUUGAAGAAAACGUAAUAGUUGCUUCAUGGAAAAUAGAAUAACGGAACAUCAACAGCGACGCAUAUUAUUAACGAAGCACCUACCGAAGAACCUUCAACGCGACGAAAA